GCGGACGGCGCCCCUGGUUUCGAAUCCAAUGAUGCAACAUGAUGAACAGAUUUAAAGGAGUCUGAAUUACCUUGGGCCCGUCAAUUUGAGACGGCCAGCAGGCAAACGGACGCCUGGAAGGAUAGGAGCGAGCAACGAAAGGAGGCAGAAGUGAGAGGGGAGGAGAGAGUUUGGGUUGGAGGUGGGUGGAUGAUGCUGACGGGAGGAGAGAGUAGGGAGUUGGGGUUGGGUGGAUGACGCUGUUGUCUACGGGAAGGGUGCUGAUUAUAAAAUAACCUCAGGGGGUUGCCACUGCCACAAUUUGCAGUUUGGGCGUCAAUUUGGAAUUUGCGCUAUAUGUACAGUUAGGUUCGAUCACUCGGUCACUUGAUUAAUUGAUUGCUUGAGAAGAGAGGCAACGAACGGAGAGGGUAAGAGGAAUCGGAAUCGGACUGACUGAUUAAGUACGAGAUCGCGACCCUCAGGCGAGUCACAGCAGCUGGAUAGAGACAGGACAUACGCGCCCAUUCAACAUGUGGUGGUGUCUUGUUGAUCUUUGCGAAAUCUGCUGGCCUUUUCGGAUAAGGCGCCUUGGAGAUACCUACCAGUCACUCAAUGCUCAAGAACAGCUGGAGGCUGUUCAAUUCAUGAUGAAGCAGUCUGGGGAAGAGUGUGCAGUUGUCCGGAUCUCAUUGUCCGCUCGCAAUUUGCUUGGCAUGGAUCUCUUUUCGAAAUCAGAUCCAAUGGUGGUUGUCGAGCUGUGUGAGGCAAAUACAGAUGCUCCUGGCAGUGCCUGGUCUGAGAUAGGCCGCACUGAGAUCGUCUCAAACAAUCUUAAUCCCAUAUGGGUAAAAAGCAUUACAUUAAAUUAUCGUUUCCAUGUCGCCCAAUUGAUUCGCUUCUCGGUCUACGAUGUAGAUACGUUAUCUUGGGGAAGCAGCAAUGAUGUAUCAACACUCCAAUUGGAAGACCAGGACUUCUUGGGGGCAACCGAGUGCUACCUUGCAGAGCUCGUGCGAGCAAACGGCCAAGCCGUCACUAGGGAGCUAAGGGCAUCUCCCCAGAAAUCGUACGCCGGCACAAACAGAGGUCCUCAAGGGCGCAUGGGAACAUUGACCAUCCUUGUGGAGGAGGUGCCGCUCGAACGGCGUGAAACGGUGAUAUUGCAAUUCCAUGCACGAGACCUCGACAAGAUGAAUUCUUUCCUGUUCGGCAAGGGUACUCCAUAUUUGAAGGUAUCGAAGCUUUUUGAGGAUGGGAGUGCAGCACCAGUUUUCCAAACUCCUCUAGCCGUUGUCGGGCAGGGUGGGAAUCUGGUUUGGGAUUGGGAUCCCACCGUUCUUUCGCUCCAGGAUUUGUGCAAUGGUGAUCGCGAGCGUCCUCUACGGAUCGAAUGUUUCGGUUACCAUAUCUUCAGUCAUGACACUUUGAUUGGGAGUAUCGUAAGGUCCGUGAAAGAGCUCGCAGAGGAUGCGCAGUUGAGCAGGGCAAUUCCGUUAAGGAGUCCCUCACCACAGCGAAAGAGGCCUGAUGAUUCAGAAGUGGGUGGGAAGCUCUCCUGCAAACAAUGCCGACUUACGCAGUCGAUAUCAUUUUUACAGUAUCUUUCCAUGGGAUGUGAGAUCAGCUUCCAGGUGGCGAUCGAUUUUACUGCAUCUAAUCGGCACCCAAGUAAAAUGAACUCCCUUCAUUACAUCCAUCCGCAAGGGUGGGAGAACCCUUAUCAACGGGCGAUCCGCACAGUCGGAAGAGUCAUUGAGUUCUAUGACACGGACAGGCUUUUCCCCGCAUGGGGGUUUGGAGCGAAUCUCGGAGCAGGAGUGGUUUCACAUUGCUUCAACCUAAAUCCGUUAAAUUCUGAAGUCGCGGGUGUUGACGGAAUCCUUGAGGCAUACUCAAGAAUGGUUCAUUCUGUGUCCCUUGCAGGGCCUACCCUGUUUGCCCCUGUAAUUGCCAAGUCUUCAGAAAUUGCUGAAGCACACUUGAAAGCGGGGCAGCUGAAAUAUUCUGUCCUCCUGAUAAUCACGGAUGGCAUAAUAAAUGACAUGGAGUCCACAAUCCAUGCAAUCAUCCAAGCAUCCAGGCUUCCUCUUUCGAUCUUGAUCAUUGGAGUGGGCCCUGCGGACUUCUCGGCGAUGGAGGCCCUAGACAGCGACAAAAAGCUCCUCACAUGCUGUGGCCAACAAGCUGAGCGAGAUAUCGUACAGUUUGUGGAGAUGCAGAACAUAACCAGUGAUAAUCAGUUGGCCCGUGAACUGCUUGCUGAGCUGCCGGGUCAGGUUGUCCGGUUCAUGUCCUCGGGGCUUGUUCGAAUCCCCGUUCCCGGAUCCAGCUUGUACAGGACAUGAUCAAGUCGGUCCAUGUUCUGAUCCAGCCUGAGCUGGUCCAUGUCAUGUGCUCCACAUGGGCCAGUUCUGACCUGCAGGUGGCCCAGUGCAUGGGCCAGGUCUGACGUGCAGGUGGCCCAGUUCAUGUUCUUGGGACUUCUGAACAUGUACUAGUACUAGGUGCUUUGUUGGGCCGUUCCAACGUCUCGGAACGUCGACUCCCAUCCGUGGUUCAAGUUGUGGCUGAUUUCAUAGAGGACAACGAAAGGCAUGCAAUUUCAGAGCGUCAAACAGAAAACCCUUACACUAAGUACGUCUUUGGCCGGACUCCAACAAACCAAUGAAGACCGCAUUGUUCGUGCACAUACAGUGACAACUUUGGCUUCAAGUUGGCAUUUUUUUGUAUUUAUCAGGAUUUCGACUCUUCAACCCAGGGGUACCUACUAUGAUAGCGUACCUCUUUUCCUUUUUUUUUAAGAGCAACACAUGCCCCAUCUAAUAUUCUGGAGGGCGUCAGUCCGAUUGUUAUCACCGGCGAGCAGAUUUGAGCAAGUCACAGAGUACCAGACGAAACAGGGGAAGAGGGGUAUCGGGGCUGAACUAGGCCAGCCCCGCUGCGGCAGGGCUGUGGCAUUUUCACGUUUGAGCGUAACGGUUGUAGCAUGCAAAAGGAAAGAAGGGCCAGCCCACACGUUACCCUAAGCUUGCCAAACAUGUAUUCUGAACUCUUUUCCAGCUUCUAGCAGUAUGGAUGCCUCAGCCAUAUCGGGGGAUUGUCAGAUUGGAGGGGGUGCCAUAUCCUGUUAAUGACUCCACGAGGUUGACACGUCCUUGGCAGCGCUAGAAUGGGCUGCAUUGUACAUAUUAAUUAAUAUAUUAUUUAUUAUUUAAUACAUCGGCGCUGGUGAUUGUAUGCGUAUAGGUACACCUUUUGGCCGACUGUUUGGUUACCAGCCUUUUGUCUAUUCUUUCCCGCUGCAGACCACUGGUCUGUUGCUGAACUGGUAGGACUGCCGUCCAGGUGACCACCCAGCCUUCAGGAUAUGUACCCAGUAUUUUUGUGCUUUGGUCCAUUCAUUUGUCCCAACGUUGUUCCAGGUUCAGUCUGUUGCUUGUAGACUUGUGUUUCUGCAUAAUGCGCAUUCAACCAGAUGU